UAGACUCGUCUUAUCUGGUCAGCAUGAGUUCUAGGCAUGGCCUCAUGAGUGUUAGCUGUCAACCCCAUCAGCGCAUGUCAGAGGUGCCAAGAGAUCCGGAGGCGAACUGGAGGUAAAGGACCUUCCCAUGAGGCACAAUCUAGAAAUUGUGUCGAUCCAUCCGAAGGGCCGACAAGAAGCCAGCUGCGCGUGGCUACAAUGGCAUUACACCAUGACGUACAGAGCAUGAUUAGACUAUGUUCUUAAAAGAUAUUAGCUGGAUCUCUGCAGAUGAGAUAUUUCCAGUUGUCACCGCUGUUCAACUUCCGACGUGAUUUCCACGUGAGUUUCGGGCCCGGACCGCCUAAAAUCGGAACAACAACAAAUUAGGUAUGGAGGACAAAAAGGAAGCUGUCAUUAUCGAGAAGGAUAUUUCGGUGGAAGUGCCGCUUGAUUCACCGGAUGAGCCGAAGAUGCCCAGUGAAAUAAGCGCGCAGACAAUCGUCGCCGUUGUUAGCGAUACCGAGGAUAAGGGAUCGUCGGACUCGGCACCAGUCGAGGACAUUCCACCCCGAUUCACGGUGUAUAAGCCAUGGCAAAAGCGAUUGAUCGUUUUGAGCUCUGCAUUUAGCGCUCUCUUCGCGUCAUGGACGGCCCAGAUAUACCUUCCCGCGCUCAACAUCGCAGCCGAUGACCUGCACGUUUCCAUUACCAGGAUCAACUUGACCGUCACCAGCUACAUGAUAUUGCAGGGAGUCACACCAAUCUUCAUCGGAGGUUUCGCCGAUACCGCCGGACGACGGCCGGCCUACCUAGCGUGCUUUGUUCUCUACAUCAUCGCCAACGUCGGUCUCGCCAAGUCGGAUAGUUACGGAAGUCUUCUCGGUCUCCGCUGCUUCCAGUCGGCAACCAUAUCAGCCACACAAGCCCUUUGCCAGGGUGUCGUAGCGGAUAUCGCAACGAGCGCCGAACGGGGUCAGUACACGGCCUUCAUCGCCGUUCCGAUCACGCUAGGGCCGAGCUUGGGCCCCGUCAUCGGCGGCGCCAUCGCGCAAUACCUAGGCUGGCGGAGCAUCUUCUGGUUCCUGGCCGCGUGCGCCGGCGUCAACCUCCUAUUCCUCCUAUUCUUCUUCCCGGAAACGUGUCGUAAGGUCGUAGGCGACGGUUCCAUCUUACCUCGGAGACGCAACCAGACCGUGCUACAGCUGCUAAGAAACCGGCGCCCAAAAAAGGUCGCGUCGGACUCCGAAAGCACGACACCUUCUCCCACCGAGAAUCUCGAGGCCCCCAAGAUCAACUUCGCCUGGUCGAAAUUCGUCACGUCUCUCGUCCUGCUCUGCGAGAAAGAGCUUUGCCUGCUUUUCAUGUACGGCGGGUUCGUGUACGCCGGGGUAUACGCCGUCGCGACCGCAGUUCCCACGCUCUUCUCCGAUAUCUACGGCUUCGACGGCUUCAAAGUCGGCCUGAUCUACCUCCCCAUGGCCGUCGGGUCCAUCUUCUCCGUCGCCCUCGUCGGCAAGGGCAUGAACUGGAACUACCGGCGGCACGCGCGCAAGCUCGGGCUAGAAGUGGAUCGGGAUCGGCAAAUGGAUCUUUCGGAGUUCCCGAUCGAGCGCGCGCGGAUCGAGGUCGCCGUCCCUCCGCUCGUGCUCAGCAUGGUCAUCAUCACGGCGUGGGGGUGGGCGCUGGAGAACGAGGUCUCGAUCGCGAUCAUAUGCGUGCUCGUAUUCCUGCUGGGCCUGGGCCUCGUGAGCACGACCAGCGUCUUCAGCGCGCUGAUCGCGGACGUGCGUCCCGGGAAGACGGGCGCCGCGAGCGCCGCCAAUAACAUCAUCAAGUUCCUGCUCGGGGCCGCCAUGGCCGCCGCCAUCGACCCGCUCAUCCAGGCCGUCGGGCCGGGCAAGGCGUACUCCAUCAUCGCGGUGCUGUACGUCGCGUUCUCGCCGUGCCUAUACUUCGUCGUGAAAAGGGGGAUGCGGUGGCGCAGAGAGCUUCGGGAGAAGGAGGGCUCGGGCGAAGGUACGGGGUAAAAAUGAG